ACCUCGUCCUGAUAAAAUGCAUUAAUAUAGAGCCCUCAGAAUGAAUCAUGUAAAUGCCCAUGCUGCCUCGCUAUACCAGUUUUUACCUUUUUUGUUAUGUGCUUAAAGCUUGGAUAAUCAUUUAAUGUGUCAUAUGCUAAUGUUGAGGCUUUUUGCCAAACAAUCCAUUGAAGAAAUUUUGUUUACAAGUGUGUGGAAAGAGAACAGGACAUUUCAUGUUAAAGAGAAAAGGGUGCCCAAACAAAUCAUGGGAAAAUCUGUCUCUGCCCUCAAGGGUCUCUCUCUCUCUCACCCCCACUUUUUGCUUAUGACCAUGGACGUAUCCGGCCCCCACAGCGCAGCCCCCGCUGUGGGUCCCUGGUGUAGUUGUAGGACUAUGGGAGAGGUAUAAGAGGGGCGUAGAGGAAAUGCACCGGGCACUCUGUCAUGACCGAGAGUCAGGACGUAUCUCUUAAAGCUAAACGCUACAUUUUGGAACUGAUGGAGCAGCUUGGAUGUCACAUUCACUAAAGGGCUCCUUUACUGAUGCAACUCUUUAGGCUGUGAAAAUAAGUCUACAAAAUGGACAACAUUACUGCUAACCGUAAUUUGGGACUCAAUCUCACGUGUAACAUGACCGGGAACCACAAAUUCAUCUUCAUGUUCAUCCCCAUAGUCUACAGCUGCAACUUUAUUAUCGGAAUUGUAGGCAACAGCCUGGUAGUCACUGUCAUCUACUUCUGUUUGAAACUGAAGACUGUUGCCAACAUAUUUGUUUUGAACUUAGCCGUGUCAGACUUGACUUUCCUCCUAACCCUGCCCAUUUGGGCCAUAUACACCGCAACAGGCUACCAGUGGCUUUUUGGAAGCUUCCUAUGUAAAGCCAUUGCUGGUAUGGUUCUCUUUAAUCUAUAUACUAGUGUUUUUUUCCUCACCGCUCUCAGCAUUGACCGGUAUCUGGCGAUCGUUCAUCCCGUCCGGUCCCGGCGGUGCCGUACGGUGGUCUACGCCCGUGUGACGUGCAUCUUGGUUUGGAUAGUUGCUUUUCUUUUAAGCCUGCCCACAGCCCUUAUCCGUAAAACCCACUUGAUCCAGAAUAUCAAUGUCACUGUAUGUGGCAUCCUAGACAAAGGAGAUAUUCCCAAUGUGCUGGUAACUCUCAGUCUGAUGAAGAGUGUUCUUGGGUUCAUUCUGCCUAUCACCAUCAUCCUCACGUGCUACUGCCUGAUCGGUCGGGCUCUGCUCAAAGCGCGGGACAUUCAGAGGAAUUCGAGAUCGAACGGGGACGAGGUCUUGAGCAUGCUGGCCGCCGCUGUGCUGUCGUUUUUCCUUUGCUGGGCACCGCAUCAGAUCUUCAACUUCAUGGACAUGCUUCUUCUGCUGAAAGUGAUCACCAACUGCGAUGUCAUUGAGAUCAUUGACACCGGAAUGCCGUUCACCAUUUGCAUUGCCUUUUUCAACAGCUGUAUGAACCCAAUCCUGUACGGUUUUGUUGGGAAGAACUUUCGCAAGAACUUGCUGAAGCUGUUGAGGUGUUCCUCGACUUCUGUGGCCUCUCACCCCACCCUCAGCUCCAAGAUGAGCUCUCUCUCGUAUCGAGCCACGGAGUCUUUCCACCUCUCCGUCAUUAAAACCUCCUCGCUACCUAAAGCCACAUGAGAAAACCAGGAAAACAAGA